AAAGAGUUCAAUUAGUGACAGAUAUAACACUGCAAAAAGCUAUAUGAGCUCAAUAAGUGAUAAACAGAUCAAAGUAAAAAAGUCACAAGGCAAAGCUCAAUAAGUGGCAAAUGCAUCGCUGAUCAAGAAUGGGGCUGUUACAAGUACUAAUAGACACCAUUUUGGACAACCUUACAACUAUACUGAUUUUCUCAAUAGUGUUUUUCAUCCUGUAUCGCUAUCUUCAACCUAGCCCUUACCGGUUUCCACCUGGACCACGACCAUGGCCCUUAAUUGGCAAUCUGGGUUUAAUGGCCGGUUCUGAAGAUGAUCCAAGUGGAGCUAAGAGGAUAUGGGAAAUAUCCAAGGAGAUGAAUACUGAUAUGCUGAGUGUUUACUUAGGAGGAAAAUACCCAGCUAUGAUGUUACAUAAGUAUGAAGACAUCAAAGAACUUUUUAGUAUGCCUGAAUUUUCCGGCCGACAAUUCUUUGAAUUCUGGGAAAUAUUCAUGGGUGGGUUGAUUGGUGCUACAGGAGCUCGCUGGAAAGAACAACGCAGAUUUGCAUUAAGUACCCUUCGGAAUUUUGGCCUUGGUAAAAACAAGUUAGAGGAAAAAAUUGAUGUUGAAAUUGAAUAUCUAUGUCAGCUCCUGGAUUCAUACAAUGGUGAGGCAAAAGACUUGUCAAUCACACUGAAAAAUGCUGUAUCAAACAUUAUUUGUUCGCUCAUUUUCGGCCAUCGAUUUGAUUAUGAAGAUGCUACUUUUAAACGCAUGUUAAACCUCCAACAAGAAAAUUUCGAUGAAAAUCUGCUUUAUGCCGGAAUUGCGACAAUAGUUCCUGGGGCAAGAUAUCUUCCUGGAGAUUUCUUCAGACUAAAACGUGCAAAUGAAAUAGUGAAUGAACUUAGAUCUAAGAUUUUUAAAGCUGAAUAUGAUGACCAUAUGGCAAAGUUUGAUCCCAAUAAUAUUGGGGACUACAUAGAUGCCUUUAUAUUGGAGAUGAAGGAAAGAGCUAAGAGAGGGUCUGAAGAAGAGCACUGGUUCAAUGAGAAGCAGUUGAACAUGAGCAUUGAAGACAUGUUUCAAGCUGGGACUGAGACCACAACUUCCAGCCUUAUAUGGAUAAUAGUGUAUAUGCUGCACUAUCCAGAGGUCCAAGAAAGAAUGAGGUCUGAGAUUCACAGUGUGAUAGGGUUAGAAAGGAUGCCAUCAAUGAGGGAUAAGACCAUGAUGCCAUAUACAGAAGCGGUCAUGUCUGAGAUACAGAGACAGCAACCAGGGCUUCCAAUAUCAGUAGGGAAUUGUACACAUGAUGCGCCUGUAGAAGUCAAGGGUUUCCUACUGCCACCCAAUACUACAUGCUAUGGUAACUUUUAUGCCAUUCACAACGAUCCUGACUACUGGUCAGAACCCGAGAAAUUCAAGCCUGAGAGAUUCAUGGAUGAGAACAACAAGUUUGUUGGUGAUAAAAGACUGAUGACAUUUUCAACAGGCACAAGAACCUGUAUAGGAGAAAGCCUUGCAAGAAUGGAGCUCUUCCUGUUUGCGACUGCCAUACUGCAGCGAUACAAGAUCGUCAACCCUGAGGGAGCAGAACUGCCAUCUUUGAUAGCAAAAAGAGGAAGCUCUCUGUUUGUGGCUAAACCAUUUAAGGUGCGAUUGGUCAGAAUUUAGAGUGGAUGCUCCAAGACUAACAUAAACUAAAUACAUUAGGGGUGGAACAUCUUUUAAAAUUUGAUAGAAACCAGGGGUUUCACUAGAGUUUCUCACAACAGACUAAAUAAAU